CAUGCUCAUUCGUCGGGUCCUUCCGUGCCAACGCCGGACUUGCCAUCUGUGGGAGUAUGAUCCGGCCAAGCACCAGCCACUUCAAGAGCUCUUCGGCAUGACGCACGAAGACAUCUGGAGAGUGCUUUUUAAGGCCGGCGAGAUGCCGCCGCCUAUGACCGAGGAUCGCGGGCUUAGCUUAAAGCGCCAGGCUAAUUCGGCCUGGAUCAAGGUGGCUGAGGAGAUUAACUGUCCGGCUCCGUUGCCCGAAGACCAAGGAUUUCCAUUACUGGAGAAGAUGUUGUUCCCUGCACCUUAUGAGGUGCCGGAGAAGGCGGCUAAGAAGGUGGCCAAAGGGGUCAAGAAGGGCCCUCGCCGUAAAAGCACUCCGGACGUGAUGUCCGGAAGAGAGACUUCCUCUUCGUCCGCUGACGACGACAACGGAGAGGAAGAAGAAAACGACUCCCCACCCGAUGUGGGGAGGAAGAAGAGAGCGGCCCCCACAAGUCCGGGGGUGAAAACGCCCAAGAGGGUUAGAGGCUCCCUCGUGGAUAACUCCGUGUGGGAUGUCGAUAGCAGUCCGGAGAGACCUCGUCGGACCAAGCCUCAGGCCGCCUCGUAAGUACCAGAAUCCGAAAACGUCUGGCCUUUCUGGUCUGUGAUAUUGAUAUACCUUAAACCAUGUUAUUACAGUCCGGCACGCGAUGGCUCCCCGCGAUCCUCGACAGAGGAAACGCUAGACUCAAAGGAGAUGGCUAGCAUGGCUCCGCCACCUGCUCAUUCCGUCUCUCCCAAGGGUGACGAUGAGGCGGUGUCGCAAAAGACCUUCCCCGACUAGGGGGAGCUUUCGGAUAUCAUCGGGGUGGCGCCCCAGGACGAUUCUUCAGUCGCCGGACACAUGGGGAAAAGUCCCCACGGGGACUGGUGACGGGGCCCGAGUUCCCUUCGAACCUCAGCCGGAUACCAUUCCGGAGAUCCACACGGCUCCGGGGUCCAGCGAACGGCAUUCUCCACAAGGAGGGAACGUGCCUGUUCCACCGGUGACCUCUGUCCAACCAGAGGCACCGGAUAAUCUGUUGGAGGCGCUACGAGGCGCCUCUAUCGUAGAUGAACAUCGUGUCCUUAUGGACACGGUAAUAGAAAAGGUUCAGUUUGUCAAAAGCGGACUGACCGAAGCCUGCAAUAGCCUUCUAACGGGCUUUGAGGUAAGUAAUGUGAUUGUAGGAAAAAUAUCACAGUAUAGACAAUAGCCCCUGAUGCUCUGUUUGGUGUUCGGGAGGAAAAGCCGAACAGAGGAUCAAGAAUAAAUAUCGCAGGAGUCUAACAUGAGUUGUCUAUGUGAACAAGUAGGUAUCGU